GAAAUCUAUCACAGAAAAUGAGCUCCAAUACUAUAAGUUAUAUUGUAUCUCCUAUUGGUUGAUUGAUAAGAUUGUGUAAAAUCAAACAGAUUCCCAUACCAAGAUUGGAUCCAUAUUACUCUGUAAAUUUGAAUGGUUAAUUUAUCAACGGCUAACGACCAUUUUGGGGUCACGAAAUAUCAGAUGCAGGCAAUAAUGUCUGAAUAGGCUUUUGUGGUCCUUAUAUUUGUUUGGACUUUUCAAUGUUUUAAAAGGUUUCAAUUUGAUUCCAAUUUUAUUUAAAAUGAACUUAUGUGGUCAUAUAUGUUCAAUUCAUGUCAACUCGGUUGAGAGGAGAGUGACAAUGUCACACAACAGACAUUCUAACAUUGCAGAGAACGGAAGAGACCCGUAACGGUUCCGUUUCCACAACUCAUUAAGGCACCCUCUACGUUUUCAUAUAACGUUUAAUCUGUGCUCAAUACCCACACUUUGAACAAAGUUUUGUGCAAGCUGUGAUGUGAGCCAAACGUGUUGUUAUUUGAGUGUGAUAGAAGCGGGAAGUUAGUUAGAUUCGAGGAUCAAACUUUAUGUUUACGGCAAUCCUAAAUUUUGAAAGCGGAUCAUGUUCAAAGGUCUCCAGCUAUCAAGGGAAGGUUACAUAGGGUGUGUUUAGGAAAACAUUACUGUUAACAUAAUCCAAUAUUUUCUCAACACACUCAUAUACUUGCUUCUCAAUUUUCAAAUUCGUUGCCUUGCAAAUGGAAAACCAAACAUGAGUAUAAUCUCUAAGGAAAACUGAAUACGAGGAUUUCUUGUUGGCCAAUUUCAGUUUUAUUCUGAUCAACCGAGUUACCAUUAUUUGCUCUUGUCAAAAGUUAUCCUGAACCUCCUUCGAUCCGGGAAAGAAAGGCAUGGCAUAAUUCUUUGCCCAAUCUCACAAGUCUCCAAAACUAGCUUAUAAGCACAUCUCCAAGUCAAAAUCAAGACUUCAUUAUUUUUACCUGCUCUCAUCUUACGUUCACCAGACAAAUCAAGGUUUAAGCAAUUACACAAAGAUGAUACAACCUUUAUUCAUGCUUUUGAUUACCCAGAUGGCAUUAACCUUAUUAUUAUCUUUUGCAAAUCCAAUUCGAAAAUUGGUGGUGAAGGGUCUAGACCUUUCGAAGCAGGGAAGGGGCCCCUUGGUUACAAAAACUGUGGCAGCAACCAUGCUUGUGGUCUUCAGCUCCACCGUGUAUACAAUAACCGAAAUUAAAAAGCGUAUAAAGGAUACUGGCAUAGUUAAUCCAACUGAUGAGGUUCUCAUGGCAUAUCGUCUCUUGGAAGCAUUUUUCUUGGGAUUCUCUCUAUUCCUUGGAUUGGUUAUCGACAGACAACAUUAUUAUAUCAGGGAGAUUAAUUUACUGAGGAGGAGCUUGGAAACAGCGAAAAAACAAAACCUCAGUCCUGAUUCCUCAAAGAGAAGAGCAGCAGUGCCAGAUAAAUAGAACGUGAGACAGAGGUUGCACAUAACCAAUGUCCUGAACAGGAAAAAUCUGAAGGAGACUAUCAACUGUUGCAUGUCCUUGUAGGAAUAUGUUCAACACUCAGAAUUGAAUCGAGCAUACGUGUAUAAUUGUUCUAAUUGUGUCUGUGUUCAUAUUAAUGAUUUAUUUUACUUUUAUGUAACAAUAAUUACUGAAUAUAAGUAAAGUUUCACAUUUGAA